UUUUCCAAUUCCGUUUGUUUGAGACUGUUUUGAUUUGUAGAUCGUAAAUCGUUAUUUAGCACAGUGCACAACUUUGUGCAUGGAUUCUAAUUAAAAAUAGUCUUUAAAGCUGGAACAUAACAGAAAUAGUUUCAGUUUGUAUCAAAUUCAUCGUUGUUUUCCAGAGCUUAUUAUUCGUUUACAAUUGAUCACCGAAGAACUCUUAAGUAAUAAAAUCUCAAUUCCUGGGACAAUCAGUUAUGAUGAAAUACUGCAUCGUCGGUUGUCACCAAAUCUUCAUAGUCCUUUGGCUGUGCACAAUAAUUCUUAAUUCUGCAUCAGCUACUUCGGCAAACAUUCCAUAUCGCCGGCCUUUCAUCAACCCUUAUCCGCGAUACAAAGCUUAUCACGAUGGUGGUGACCCCGGAGAGCCGCUAUUCCUGACCCCAAUGAUAGAAGCAAACAACAUAACAGCAGCGCGAGCAGCCGCCGAAGUUGUGGACCCUACAUUUAAAGCAGCGAAAAGCUAUGCCGGUUAUCUAACCGUAGACAAGCAAUUCAAUUCGAAUAUGUUUUUUUGGUACUUCCCCGCUGAAAUUAAUGAACCAUAUGCUCCGGUUGUGCUUUGGCUCCAAGGUGGACCCGGAGCGACUUCGUUGUUCGGACUAUUUCAAGAGAAUGGUCCGUUUCAUAUAAAAAAGAAGAAAGUUGAAAAGAGGCAGUUCGCGUGGAGCGAGAAGUUAAAUUUGAUUUACAUUGAUAAUCCAGUUGGAACGGGCUUCAGCUUUACCGAACACGAAAAGGGUUACGCGCGGAAUGAAAAGCAAGUUGCUAGAAAUCUCCACGAAGCUGUUAAACAAUUAUUCCAGCUGUUUGAAUUUAAAUUGACCUAUGGAUUUUGGAUAACUGGAGAAUCCUAUGCUGGGAAAUAUAUUCCAGCUUUGGCCUAUUACAUUCAUCACGCUCAGAAUUCUAUUCACAAUGAUGUUCACAUUCCUCUAAAAGGUGUUGCUAUUGGCAAUGGCCUAUCAGAUCCGCAGCAUCAAUUGAAUUAUGGAGACUAUCUCUAUCAAUUGGGUCUUAUCGACUUGCCAGGUGCUUCGCAAUUCAAAAAAUCUGAACAAGAAGCACUUGAUUGCGUUCACAGGCACAACAUGACAUGCGCCUUUGAUAUUUUCGACAAUAUUAUGAACAUAGACGGAAAAGUCAAUGGAUCUUUGUUUAGCAAACUAACUGGCCUCAGCACCUAUUUCAACUAUGUCAAUGUUACCGAUGAGAAAGAAGAGGAUAAUAUGGGAAUAUUUCUGCAAUCUUCUCAUAUAAGAAAAGCAAUACAUGUGGGCAACCGAACAUUCCACGACAUGCACGAUGAGAACAUAGUUGAAAAAUACCUAAAAGAAGACGUAAUGGACAGUGUGGCUCAUUGGGUGGCUGAGAUUCUAGAAUACUAUUCAGUCUGCAUUUAUAAUGGACAGUUGGAUAUUAUUGUAGCAUAUCCGAUGACUGUUAAUUAUUUACAGAACUUGAAGUUCUCAAAUGCAGAUUACUACAAAGUCGCCGAACGCAAAAUAUGGAGAGUAGGCACGGGCAAGGAUUCAGAAAUAGCUGGGUACAAGAAAAGUGCCGGUAACUUGUUAGAGGUGUUAGUGCGCUAUGCCGGACAUAUGGUUCCUAAAGAUCAGCCUAAGUGGAUGUUCGAGUUGAUCACUAGUUUAACAGGAGCAAACGACUGAAGUUCAUUGUUAAUAUUAUGAGUUAUAUGUCUUUUGUGUAUACAUAUUAAAAUAAAACCUUUCAUUGCUACUCAUA